AUGUCCGAUGACUUCCGGCGAAACCAAAUGAACUCACAUGUAGUUGAACAAAUGGUUUUGUUGGAUAUUAGAAAUAUGCUACAGUCAAUGGGUAAGGACAUAUCAUCAUUUCCUCUUCGUGAGAUUGAAGAGGAGCAUGACACCAUGUCUGGAGAGGUAAGAGAAAUAUUCGAAGAGAGAUCUAUAGAGGUAGACCAUGAAUUUUCCUCAGUCGUGUCAUCUCUCAACCGUGAACAACGGUAUGCUUAUGACAAAAUAUUAUCAUAUGUUGACAACGGUAAUGGAACUGCAUUCUUUGUUGAUGGUCCUGGAGGGACCGGAAAGAUAUUCCUAUACAAAGCUUUGCUAGCUAAGGUCCGUAGUGAGGGAAAAAUAGCUGUUGCUACCGCGACAUCUGGUGUUGCUGCCUCAAUCCUGCCUGGUGGCAGGAAUGCACACUCAAGAUUUAAGAUAUCACUGGGCAUACAAGAAGGAGGAGUGUGUAACUUUACAAAGGAGAGUGAGACCGUGAAACUUCUUCGAAUGGCUUCACUUAUAUUAUGGGAUGAGGUUUCUAUGACAAAAAGGCAAGCAAUUGAAGCACUUGAUAAGAGCCUGAGAGACAUCAUGGAAAAGCCUGAUCUACCAUUUGGAGGAAAGACGAUUGUUUUUGGAGGCGACUUCAGGUAG